AUGGUACCAGUGACAACGAAAAUACUGAAGCGUUGCGAUUUGGUACAGUACAGGCAUAUAAACUCUCUUGGUGGCCCUCUAUUUCAAACCGACUUUCUCAUUAGAAGUAGACAGUUGAAGUAUAACACAUCAAUCAUGACAGGUUCAAAGGCAUUGCAGAUAUUAUUCAAGGCGCCUGUUACAGAGGACAUGAUCAAGUUCUUGACAACUGCCACAUUGAAUGUUAUUCCCUGCGGUACGAGUGAAGGUCGUUAUCCCCGUUACAAAUACCCGUCCCCACUCCAAUCGCCCACCAAAGGCAAGGUUAGAAAAGCGUGCGAGAAGCAGUGGAGUGGUCUGCCAAGUCUCACAACGUUCAUUGCAAAGAUCGUGCGCUACACAAACGUGUACACCGCCACUUUGCUCACCACUGUCGUUUAUCUCAACAAAUUAAAAAAAGUGCUACCCAAGGAUGCCACAGGCAUCCCGUCCACCUCCCACCGAAUUUUCCUGGCAUGUCUGAUCCUGAGCGCCAAAUUCCACAACGACUCAUCGCCAUUAAACAAGCAUUGGACUGAAUACACCGACGGCCUGUUCACGAUUCAAGACGUGAACCUCAUGGAGAGACAACUGUUAAAACUCUUCGAUUGGAAUAUCAGAGUAUCCGAACACGACCUCCACGAGAACCUUUCGUCCUUGCUACUGCCCAUCAAACAAGACCUGAUAAGGUCAAAAAGACUUCGCAAUUACACUUCAAAAAGAAAACCAUCCUUUUCUUGGACGACUAAAGAUCAUCACAAUGCACCGAUCGCCAUUCCUGCAAACACCCAGCCGAACAUCCCUCCCACACUACCACCCUUACCAAAGUGCUACGAUCCCAGCUACUACUCCAUCGCCGACAACGUCCCCACCGCCAAAAAACCGUCCUACAUACGUUCCCUUAGUGCUUCCUCCAGCGCCAGCACUCUCAAAUACAGCGCCAGCUACAACAACUGUCACUUACCGUGCAUCAAGCUUCCCUCCCCCCUUGAACAGCCACACAACGCCACCUGGCAGCACGCAUACGCUGGCAGCAGCUCCAGCAUGCAGACUUUGGCACCACCAAACCCCCCAACGACCAUUUAUGGCACAUGA